ACUUUAAUCGUUUGGCAGCACUGUGUGAAAGAAACGACGAAAUCUGUCGAAGAAGUAGCAAUAUUUUUUUUAAUUAAAAUAAGCUGGCCAAUUUUCAGCUAGUUACAUUUAUAAAAAUACAAAAAAAUAUUAAUAUUUAACAAAUAAUUAACUAAAACAUAAUAAUAAACAGAAAUUGUGAAAAUAUACAACAAGAAAACGUGAUUUUCUAAAGCAAAUAAAACCAAGAAGUUCACUGUGAGAAAAAAAGGCAGCAGUACAAAAAUACUUAAUUGGUCGAGAACUUGAAACCACCAAAAUAAAAGUUGCAUUAACUAUAAAACGUAAUAUUACAUUUACACAACUCACAGAAUACGAGUGAAAACGCCGAAGAAAUACAAAAAAUAACCUUAAAUUCCUUUAAGGUAUAUUAUGGAAGAAAAAUGUAUCGAUCAAUUUGAAACAGUUGCAUUAAAUCUAACUAAAACUUCUUCAAAUAUAACAACAACUAUAACGCCAAGUGAUAAUUGUUCCAACAAGACACAAUUUUUUAUAACAUCGUCCUCGUCAUCUUCAACAUCGUCAACAUUAUCGUCCACAUCAAACGGCAGUCGCAGCAGUACAGAUCAAAUCUCUUUAAACUCUUCGGUAGAUAAAGAAGAUUUUGAUAAGGCCACCACAAGUCGUAGUUCCAUGUCUCUGCUACAAGAAGAAUUUGAAACAAAUUCACAACAUGAUUUUGCCGAAGUCUUGGACGAAGAUGAUGAGACAACAACAUCGGGAGUAUUGGAAGCAUACGAGAUAAGUUCCUCGAAUCUAUUGCCAACGACAAAUGAUGAUGUAACCUCAGAACCGGUGGCGGUAGUGGAUGAUAGUUCCUCCACAGAUGCCAUACAAAUAAUAAAGGUUUCCGAUGCCUCCACUGAAUCGGCAGCAAGUAAUAAUGGAUAUUUCAAUCCAUCAGAGAUUUAUGUCAUUAACGAUGAUGAUGAUGAGGAGGAAGAUGAUGAAGAUGACGACGUUGAUGAGGAAGAUGAUGUUGUAAAUGAAGCUGAAGAUGAUGACGAUGUUGAAGAGGUAAUUGAGGGCAACUUAAUAAAUAUCGAUGACAAUCUGCAUAUCGAGGAAGAUGAAGAUGAUGAAGAAGCAGAAGAUGAUGAGGAAGAAUUUGAUAUGAAUAUCACAAAUCAAUCUUCCCAACGUUCAACACAAAAUACCACCACCUCAACACAGGACUCUUCUACAACACAAAACCAAACUAAUGGUGUUAUUAUGAGUACCAAUGGAGCCAUGAUCUUCUUAGAAACUCCUGUUGUAGAAGAACAACAACAUCAUCAUCACCAUCAUCUACAUCAUUCGCAAAUUACAAACUCCUCGAAGUCAACGUCCCUCAACGAAUUUGCCAACGACAACAAUAUGAAGCCAAAACGUUUAAGUGAUGAAUUUUCUAAAAAUUCAGCAAAUACAAAUGAAACUCCCACUUCUUCAACGGCGGCAAGUAGUAAACUUAUGCAAGAGUCCAAUGAUAUGAUCUACGAUUUAACCGAAUCUCAACCCUGUCCCGAGACACAGGCUCAUGAACGUAUGUCAUCACGUUUGAAAAAGAUGAACUUGAAUCACGGCAAUACAAAUAACAAUAUAAAUUCUCAGGAUUUGCCUACAUCCUCCUCUUCAAGCGCAUCGAAUUUAUCAUCGAACAUAAUGCCCUCACUAUCGGAUAUACAGUCAAUGGAUUUAGUUGAACGUCGUGACUUUGAACAUGAACAACGUCUAACGGGAGGUAUUAUUUUAAAAUCAAGUUCGCUGAUUAAAAACAACGUGCUUGACUUGGGUUUGGUUAAAUCUCAACAACAGCAGCAGCAGCAGAAAAACAAUAGCAAUAAUGCAAAUAAUGGAGAGGAGCAACCGUCUAGUAGCCAUUCCAGAGGAUUUUCUUCUGAUAGUAAAUGUACCUAUAAAGAUUUGUCAGCAACACCCACAAGUAGUCGUAAACUAAUGGUACGUCUAACCAAAUCAACUGCCAAAAUGAAUUUGUGCAACACUCUAAGUCAUAAUCAACAACAGCAACAAACGCAAUCGCAACAGCAACAAGCGCAGGAACUUACUACAAAAACAUCACAACGCAGCAGUACUGAACAACAAAUACCAAAAUCUUUAAACCUUUCCGCUAACUCAUCCUCAUUAUCAUCGACAUCAUCUGCCUCGUCCUCAUCAUUAACACCUGUAAUAGCAUCCGCAUCAGCCAUAACAGCAAAUUCUACCAGCGUUAUUGUGGAAGCCGCCUCUUCACACAAUUCCGAAAUUUAUUCAAAUUCCAAUUCAAAUGAUAGUCUUACAUCACGACCAUCUUCAACUAGUUCGACGUUGAAUAAACGUCCAGAAGUAUUAACACAGGAGCAGAAAGUAUAUAAUAAACACUCAACAGUCGCCGCAGCAUCAUCAACUUCUUCAUCAGCAUCAAACUCUUCAUCCUCUACAUCAUCCACAGCUGCUCCAUCUUGUGUGCUCGAAAGUGGCUGUAGUCGCACUAGCGCCAUACAACCUAUUGUCAAUAAUUCUAAUCAUAACAGUAAUUCAUCUUCCUCCAAUGAAGCACAUGACGACGAUGUACAACCCUCAACAUCAUCGGCCAGAUGCCAAUAUGCUCCUCCACCCAGAUCCCAAAGACAAGUUAAUGCAAGUGCUCAAACUAGUGAACGCUAUUUGUCCCGUUCGAAUGCCAUUGCUGGUGGAGCAGUUUCCGCAAAUGCCGGUAACGAUAUUUGUUUGUCUGCUGCCGCUUUACCCAGCCGUAGCGGCAGCGCCAAUCAUCGACGUUCCGAAAUCUCGCAAAACCUAAUGGAUGGCUUUAGAAUGCUCAACGAACAUUUGGAUAAUAAUUUUACUUUCAACCAUCAAAAUACUUCGUGGAAUGAUUGUGAGGAAAACAAUUCAGAUAUCGAAGAGAUUUGUACGUGUCAUCAGAAUUCAAUGAGUGAUGGCAGCAGCCAUGGCGGUAGCAUAAGUGAUUUAAAUGAUGUUGAUGAACUGGACAGUGGACAUGUUUAUGGCAAAGAUGGUGGCGCCGAUUUAUCUUACAAUAUAAUGCAUAACCUUUCCAUAUCAGAAGAUGUAGCAGCCUCGCCUGAAUGUGUAGGAACCCGGAAACGCAAAUACACCGAUACACGUCUAAUGGAACAUGACUACAACUCAGCCACAAUAACGGGUAGUGGAGGUACGGGUGCAAGUCUAGAAAGUAACAGUCGUAAGCGUGUAGCUUAUGAUUUCACUUCAACACCUCGUUCGUCGCAAGUUAAUGCGGGAGCAUUGGUUCAUAUUACCACACCUUCACAAUUAUUGGCCACCUCCUCCACCGGUUCACCUUUGGGCAGACGCACACCACGUUCCCUUAUACCCACAAGAGAUAAUCCGCCACCAGAGUUGCAGCAAUGGCUUUCACAAUUCCAACGCUGGUCUCAUGCAGAACGUCUCUUGGCUGUCGAUCGUCUGAUCGAACAUUGUGAACCCACACAAGUCCGUCAUAUGAUGAAAGUGAUUGAACCACAAUUUCAACGAGACUUUAUUUCUUUACUACCUCGAGAGUUGGCAUUGCAAGUACUUUCCUAUUUGGAUCCUAAGGAUCUGUUGCGAGCCGCGCAAACCUGUCGCAGUUGGCGUUUCUUGUGCGAUGACAACCUGUUGUGGAAGGAGAAAUGUCGCCAGGCUCAAAUAUUGACUGAACCGCGAACGGAUCGUCCAAAACGUGGUAGAGCCGGUAACAUGCCACCGAUAGCGUCGCCUUGGAAGGCGGCAUAUAUGCGUCAACAUAUAAUCGAAAUGAAUUGGCGUUCACGACCUAUACGCCAACCAAAAGUACUGAAAGGACACGAUGAACAUGUGAUAACAUGUUUGCAAUUUUCCGGAAAUCGUAUUGUCUCUGGUUCGGAUGAUAAUACAUUGAAGGUGUGGUCAGCGGUUACGGGAAGGUGUUUACGCACUUUGGUGGGUCAUACAGGCGGCGUUUGGUCUUCUCAAAUGUCGGGCAAUAUCAUAAUCUCAGGUAGUACGGAUCGUACUCUCAAAGUUUGGGACAUGGAAACGGGCCAAUGUGUACAUACACUUUUGGGUCAUACCUCCACCGUGCGUUGUAUGCAUCUACAUGGCAACAAAGUUGUUAGUGGUUCUCGUGAUGCUACUUUGCGUGUUUGGGAUAUUGAACAGGGUACUUGUUUAAGGGUUUUAGUUGGUCAUUUAGCGGCCGUACGUUGUGUGCAAUACGAUGGUAAAUUAAUUGUAUCAGGAGCUUAUGAUUAUAUGGUUAAAAUUUGGCAUCCAGAACGACCAGAAUGUCUACACACUCUACAAGGUCAUACUAAUAGAGUUUAUUCACUGCAAUUUGAUGGCAUUCAUGUGGUUAGCGGUUCUUUGGACACCUCAAUUAGAGUUUGGGAUGUUGAAACCGGCAAUUGUAAACAUACAUUAAUGGGCCAUCAAAGUUUAACUUCUGGCAUGGAAUUACGUGAAAAUAUUUUAGUUUCUGGUAAUGCUGAUUCUACGGUUAAAGUUUGGGAUAUUACCACGGGACAAUGUUUACAAACCUUGUCAGGCUCCAAUAAGCACCAAUCGGCUGUUACAUGUUUGCAAUUUAAUUCCCGCUUUGUUGUCACAAGUUCGGAUGAUGGCACCGUGAAAUUAUGGGAUGUUAAGACUGGUGAAUUUAUACGCAAUUUAGUUUCAUUAGAUUCGGGUGGUUCGGGAGGUGUUGUUUGGCGUAUAAGAGCCAACGAUACAAAAUUAAUCUGCGCAGUUGGAUCACGCAACGGUACCGAAGAGACCAAACUAAUGGUACUUGACUUUGAUGUUGAAGGCGCUUGUGUUAAAUGUUCAUAGGAAAUAAAAGCAAAUUAUUUAGUAACAAUAAUCAAGGAAAAUCUUAUCUCCAAAUUGAUUUUAGUACGUUAUUAUGUUUAUAAAUAUUUCUUUAAAAGACGCCAAGUUUUUAUCUAUGCCUAAGCUGAGAAAAACAAAAAAAAAAAAAAAACACAAGUAAUUAUAACAUACAUAUACAACUUUAAUUCCAAACAGUUGUAAUAGCAAAAUGAAUGCAAAACAAAAAGGCUUUAUAAGCUUUACAAAAGAAAUCAUAAUACAAAGGCUAAACUUAACUAAUAAUGCGCAUAGUGUUUUCCAAUUACAAAAAAAAAAAAAAAACGAAGAAAGCCUCCCCCCACGACCUUUAUAAAGAUAACACAAAUACCUUAAACAAAUGGAAAGUUUUGCAAUAACUUUCUGUUAAAGUAUUUGUCAUUUCAGAAAAAUUUAGUUUAAUUUUCUAAACUAAAACUUUUGCCCUGAAACAUUACUUGUUUAUUAGUUCGUUUUUUUUUUUAAUUAUUAUAAUUGAAACGUUAGUUUUUUAGCUUUUGUUUUAUUAUGAUUUUGCAAAACAGUACUGAUAUUGAUAAUUUUGUUUAUUGAAAACAAAAUUUAUUACAAUUUUGUUUGUUAUUACAAAACAAACCGGCAAAUUUUAGCUUUAUGUUUAUGUUUUUUAUUAUUAUUAUUAUAUAUAUAAUUAAUUAAUUUAAUUUAAUGAUUUAUUAACAAAAUUUAAUUAAAAUAAUAAUUGCUAAGAAAUCAUCAUAACAACAACAACAAAAUUACUUUGUUUUAGACGCCCCUCUUUGCAAUCUUUUAUUAAUUUUUUUUCUGUUACAUAUAUUGUCUUGUUUUUUUUAUAUACAUAAAACAAUUGAAAUUUUGUUUGUUUUCUCUUUAAAUGUUUUUGUUUAAUCAAUUAAAUCAAUUAACGCUUCCAAAUGUCCAAAACAAACAACACAGUUAACGUUUUGUUUUUAUAUAGAAGAAUUUGUUUUUUUGUUAUUUUAAAUCAUAUAAUUUGUUUUAAAAAUCUCUAUUAGUUAAAAUUAUUACUUAUUCAUCCCCCCACCCCUUAAAACCCCUUAACAAAACAAGUUUCUUGUUUCAAGUAUUUUAAGCUCUUCCUUUAAAAAUUUCUCCUAAAAGAAAGAAAACACCUUUCCCUAAACAAAAUAACAACAACAAAAGUAAACCCUCUCUCUCUGUCUCCCUCUUUACUUACACUCAAACAGACAAAGUACAUUUUUUACUAUAAAUCACAUAAUACAGAAAACACCUCUUAAGAAGGCGUCCUCCUCAAUUUAUAAGAUAUAUUUAGAAAAUAUUAAAUAAUAAAAUAUAUAUAUAAAAAAAUAAAUCUGCCCCAAAUAUUGCCAGUAAACAAUAUUGUACACAUAUAUAUAUAAAUAUAAUAUAGAAGUUAAAAACAAAGAAAAAAAAUUACAAAAAAUAAUAAUAAAACAUAUUUUUUAAAUUUAAGUUCUAAUACUAAAUAAAAACAAAAAAACAAAUAAUUCCAUUCUUAACAACCAACAAACUUACUUACCAAUAUUAUGUUAUCAUUAUUUUUAUUAUUAUAUAAACAUACCAACCACAAUAAUAUUAAUAAUUAAAACAAUUGGUUGAAUAUGUUUUAAACCAUUAGCCACCGAAAGUAAGAGAAGAACUUUGUGUCCGUUUUGUAGUUUAAGAUUAAAAAGAAAACAUAAUUUCGUUUUUUUUAUUAAGACUUUAUAAAUGACGCUUUGGUAUGCAAGUAAAAUUUGCACAAAAUUAGACUCAUAUAAAUAUAUAUAUUUUUUUAAUAAAUUUAUUAUUUUAUUACAAUAUUUGUAAAUUAACUUAAA